AUGUAAUUCCGACUUAAUCCAUAAAAUUUUCAACUGGAAUAACCUUUUUAUUCUCAAAUUAUGGAUUAAUCUGCUAAGGCAGAAGAAAUUUUUAAUUAUUUGGCUUAAUGUUUUGGGAAUAAUGAUUUGUAAAUAUAUUAUUAGUAGCCUGAUUUAAAAUAAGGACUUAUUAACCCUAACGAUGAUUUAAAACCAUUUUAUGAUACAAAAGCAUAACUCUUUUUAAUUUAACCUUAACAAGAUUAGCUCAGACCUCAAGAUGUACAUUAAGUAGCAGAUCAGACUAAACCUUAAAAUAUGUUUAUAUCAGUUUAUUAAGCUGAAGGUGAUUAAAAUAAAUUAAUUGUGUAGGAAAAUGUAGAUCCCAAUUUAUCCUUAGGCUAGGUAAUUAUCAAAAUUUAAUAAAGUAUUUAAUCUAAAUUAUACAAAAAUACAAUAUACCAGCCAAUUCAUUGCAAUUAUUUGAUCAUGAAUCAAAAUAUUUAACUGAUUAUCAAAAUUUAAAAAUAGAGAAUUUUAAAAAUUAUCCCUUUUUAUCUAUGAUUCUUUUUAAUAGUUAAAUUGCUUCAUAGUAAGGUAUACUUAUAUACGUUUUUAAACUUGAAGGUGAUUAAAAUAAAUUAAUUGUGUAGGAAAAUGUAGAUCCCAAUUUAUCCUUAGGCUAGGUAAUUAUCAAAAUUUAUUAAAGUAUUUAAUCUAAAUUAUACAAAAAUACAAUAUACCAGCCAAUUCAUUGCAAUUAUUUGAUCAUGAAUCAAAACUAUUAACUGAUAAUCAAAAUUUAAAAAUAGAGAACUUUAAAAAUUAUCCCUUUUUAUCUAUGAUUCUUCUUAAUAGUUAAAUUGCUUCAUAGUAAGGUAUACUUAUAUACGUUUUUAAACUUGAAGGUGAUUAAAAUAAAUUAAUUGUCUAGGAAAAUGUAGAUCCCAAUUUAUCCUUAGGCUAGGUAAUUAUCAAAAUUUAUUAAAGUAUUUAAUCUAAAUUAUACAAAAAUACAAUAUACCAGCCAAUUCAUUGCAAUUAUUUGAUCAUGAAUCAAAACUAUUAACUGAUAAUCAAAAUUUAAAAAUAGAGAACUUUAAGAAUUAUCCCUUUUUAUCUAUGAUUCUUUUUAAUAAUUAGUAACUUUAACCAAUUUAAAAUAAUAAUCUAGUAUAUGAUUAGAAUCAUUAAUAAUAAUUAUCAUAAUAACAUUAAACACCAGAAUAAUAAUAAAUACCUAUAAACUAUGGAUUAUAAAUUAUUGAUUAAUAAUUACUAAAUAAUAAUAACUUUUCUAAUUAACAAUAAUUACAAAAUAAUAGUAAUCCUAAUUAUAAUAAUAAAAAGCCAUCAUAAGAUUCUCAUGGAUAAGUUGAUGUAAAUGUUGCAGAUUAAUUUGGAAAAUUUACAUUAGAGCCACAAUAAAAAUAAUACUCAUAAGGAAUUCCAAUUGAUGAACAGUAAAUAUUUAAAUAAACUUUAGAAUAUCAUAAACUAAGAAUUCUAUUGUGAUUCUAAAAUAAAUUUCGCUUUACUUUGAUCCUUCUGGAGAGUAUAUAACAUACAAAUACCAUUACCCAAUAUAAUUGAAUGGUAGUAUAAGAAAAUCUUAAAGUACAUCAACAAAUAAAUCCACCAAUUCUCAAUAUAAAUGGAUCAGUGUUCAUUAAAAUAAAUAUGAAUAUGUUCAACUUGAUGAAUAUAGCUUUCGUAUUAAAUGGGAAGGAGGUAAUGAAAGUGAAUUAAAAGUGAAAUUAUAAUGAAAAUUAUUAUUCGGAAC